GUUUUCACUAAUGUAACACAAUUGAAUUGCUGGUCAUAUAUUCAUGAAGCACUCUGCUCCUUCCCGCCACCUUAUUGCCGCCGCCGCUUUUACCGAUACUGCGUCUGCCGCCGCCAGCGCCACCAUGUCAUCUGCUCAAUCAUUCCGAGGAGGCAGGGGACGCGGCAGGAGAAACUUUUCGCACCGUCCUUCCGGAGAACGAAGUGAAGACGAUAUUGUAACUGGAGACUCUCACUUCAAUUCUGUUCGGGAAACCAAUCGAAAUCUCCGCCCGUCUCCUAAUUUUCGACCUUUCCGGCCUAGGGCACCAUCGCCAAAUAUUCAUCCUACUCAUCAUAAUUAUGGACAAUUGCCGCAUCCUCAACCACGUCAGCAGUUUCAUCCCAAUCAGCAAUCCUAUAGAGCAAUGCCACCACCAGCAGGGUUUUAUCAGAAUCAGCAGUUCAAUAGAGCAGUGCCUCAGCCGCCACUAAGACCACAAUAUUAUCAGAAUCAGCAGCUCAAUAGACCGAAUUUUUAUGAGAAUCAGAAGUUUAAUAGACCCAAUUUUUAUGAGAAUCAGCCGUUCAGGCCACGGCCAUUGCCUCCCAAGGCUUUGAACUUUCGGAAUUGGGAGUAUGCUAGACCUGGACCUCCACCUCAUUGCGAACGAUUUACAGUCUUAUCAUACAACAUACUAGCUGAUUACCUUGCUAAUGAUCAUCAGAGAAAACUUUAUUUUCACAUACCACAACAUAUUUUGGACUGGGAAUGGCGUAAAAGAAGUAUCCUUUCUGAGCUUGGAUGGUGGUCAGCUGAUAUAUUGUGUCUUCAGGAGGUUGACAGAUUCCAGGAGUUGGAGGCAGAGUUGAAGUUGCGUGGAUACAGUGGCAUCUGGAAGAGGCGUACCGGAGAUCCAGCUGAUGGAUGUGCAAUAUUUUGGCAUGCAUCAAGAUUCAAAUUGGUGCAUGAAGAAUUUGUUGAAUUUAAAAAGUUUGGGCUUCGGGAUAAUGUUGCCCAGAUAUGUGUAUUUGAGUCUCUUGGUCAGCAAAAUAAGAGUUCACCAGCUCCCUUAGCAAGCACUGGUCACUCCAGUAAGGUUGUAAUUUGUAAUACUCAUGUGCUUUUCAAUCCUAAAAGGGGAGAUAUUAAGCUCGGACAGGUUAGGGUGCUUCUGGAUAAGGCUGGUGGUGUUUCAAAACUUUGGGACAAUGCUCCUAUUGUAAUUUGUGGAGAUUUUAACAGUACACCAAAGAGUCCAUUAUACAACUAUCUUGCCGAGGAAAGACUAGACUUAUCAGAAGUGCCUCGGGAUAAAGUGUCAGGACAGGAAUCAGCUACAAUUUAUACAGUGAAGCACAGCUUCAAUGCUAGUGCUAGACACCAGGAUGCAGUUAACUCUUCUCAAAGCUCUGAAGUGGCUAGUGAGAGAGAGGUAAAAGACAAUAAGAUGGCAUCAGCUGAACAGAAAUUCGAUACUCGAGAAAAAGAUUCAGGAACUGGAUCUUCUGCAUGUACCUUAUCUCAGCCUCAGAGUUCUGUAGAAUAUGAGCCAGGAAUUUCUUGUAUGGUUAUCUCAUGCUCUGAAAGUACAGCUGAUUUGCCUAGAGUAAUCCAUGUUGAAGGUACAAGUCAUGAAGCCAAUUCAUUAGAAUCUUGUCAAGAAGAUGAAUAUGAUAAGGACUCUGAGAGUGGAUAUAACAAGGCCGACCCUAAUGCCACUUCUACCUCUUCUCACAAAAAUUUUGUAGCAGAAGUGCGUUCAGGAAUUGAUUCAGAGAGAGUUAAGGAUGGGCAGUCCAAUGUAGGUGAUUUUGGUUCUGAAAAUGUUUUGAGCAUUCACAGGCCUAUAAUACCCCAUUGUUCAGAUGUGUCAUCGACGGGGCUAUUUUCUGAUUCUUCAGAUGUACAUGAAGUUUCUCUUCCAGAAAGCUCGGAAAGUGUGUCGUCAAUUGGUAAAGAGAGUUCCCCUAAAAUAUCACGUGAACUUAAAAACUCAUACACAGAGACUUGUUUUGAUGUCUUGUUGGACGAAAAGAUGGCCAACUUGUCACUUAGUGUGGUCUCUGAAGGCACAAAAGAAGAUGAACUUUUGGUUGAAAAUCGUGAAGCAUUUUUGUCUCAGUUACAUGAUGAAGCUGGUUCCUUUCCAUCAGACUCUGACCAACUUCAAACAACUUCUCUUGAGGAAUUGGAUGAGUCAGUAAAGAAGUGUGACGGUUCCUUAGAGUUGCGUUCUUUAAGUGAUGAGAUUGCACAUGAUGCUCCUAAUUUGGAUUCUGAGGUUGUUGACAGAGAGAACUCGAUUUAUGAUCCAUCAGCUUGGACGCCAAUUGAUAUAGAAACCGCUACAGGCAAUGCAGAUUGCAAACUAUUGGAACAUAAUCUGAAGUUGACAAGUGCAUAUAGGGAAGUAGAGUUGCAGGAUUUUUCUGGAACUAGAGAUUCAACAGGAGAACCUGAGGUGACCAGCUAUCACAGGCUUUUCAUGGGUACAGUUGAUUAUAUAUGGCGUUCUGAAGGCCUUCAGACUGCAAGGGUGCUUGCUCCGAUUCCAAAAAAUGCCAUGCAAUUUGUGAGAGGUUUCCCUACUAAGAAAUGGGGAAGUGAUCAUAUUGCUCUGGUUUCGGAAUUUGCUUUUACAAGUGAUAUAUCGGUCCACAAUACUAGCGUCCAAAAACAGUAAAAUUAUGUCCACUCCAAAGGACUAUACGAGUUUUCAGGGGGGGGAUGAAGGAAUAGAUUCAUCUUGGAAGAGCUUCAAUCUGGAUAUGAAUAAAGGAUGAAGGUGUUCAAGGGCACUAAUGAUUCAAAGUACUAGUGCAUCGAUAAGUUAAGCUACACGAGUUCUGCUUUACAGGUAGUCUUUACUCUAUCCCUUUUACACAGUGUUGGGAAGAAGUGGACUCUAGAGGUCCUGCUAAUUGAGUUGAGGAAGCAGAUCGUUGUAAUAUCAAGUUCUUACCACAACACAUUUUUGCGAUCGUCAGAGUGUUUAUCCUUAAUUUUGAAGGCUUUUCGUUUGCUAACUUCUUUACUAUUCUUUUGAUCUCUAAUUAAGCUUCAGAUAAAGAUGCUUUAAAA